UCAAGGUGCAGGUGAUGGAAGGCACACACUAUUCCUAUCGGUAGAGGGAUGGUUUCGCACUCGAUUGCAAUGUUAGAAAUCUUACUUUUUCUGCUCCUGAUCGGUAAAUCAUCUGAAACAAGUUCAAUGGAACACGUCAGGAAGCUGUUGCCAGUGUUAACUACCAGUCUGCGGAAGGGUUCUUGCGGAAAAAUCGCUGUGAUUGGAGGGUCCGUGGAGUAUACUGGUGCACCGUACUUUGCCGCAAUAUCAGCGCUGAAAUUGGGAGCGGAUUUGGUAUAUGUUAUGUGUGCUCCAGAAGCUGCGCCUGUUAUCAAAUCGUUCUCUCCUGAAUUAAUUGUUUAUCCUGGUCUCGACCCUGAUGCGGUCCUACCAAAACUUGAAAGAGUUGACGCUAUAGUUCUGGGACCUGGCUUGGGUCGCAGUCCACAUGUUGCGCCCCUAUUUGAUAAAGUUGUAGAUUUUGUCAUAAAUAAAAACCUCCCUAUGGUGAUGGAUGCGGACGGGUUGUGGUUCCUGAAUGAGUCCAUAAGUAAAGGUAUAAAGCCCUUGCCUUCGGCAAUCCUGACACCCAACAUGGUCGAGUUUUCAAGAUUGUGCGAAUCUGCUCUAGGCGAAAAAGACGUUCUUAAAAUAAAAGAUCAGUCGAAACUAGAGGAUCUGGCUUCACGCUUGAGUACUCGCCUAGGCACAUCGCUGUUUGUUAAAGGGAAAGUGGAUAUCAUUACAAAUCCUGAUGGAAAAGUGACUGUGGGACAAGAUGAGGGUUCUCCAAGAAGAUGCGGAGGACAGGGUGAUGUGUCAAGUGGUACACUUGCAAUGUUUCUUCUCUGGGCAACAAGGCAGUCAAGCGCAGAGGAAGCCAAAAAUGCAGCUGGUCUUGCCUGCAGUGAACUUGUUCGUCGUCUCGCCAAAACAACCUACGGGAAAAUGGGACGUUCAAUGAUCACUACUGAUAUGAUCAAUGAGUUGCCCGCACUUUUACGCGAGGUGGACGGAAAAUAGAACUGGUAUCUUGAAUUACUACAAGGGAAGUGUAUUUGCUCGAAGAAGUCUUUCUGAACGAGAUCUACACCGUUAUGGAGAAUACUGAAUGCUGAUUUGCAAUCCAUCUUGAUUAUCUGCCAUGCCCCUUUGGGUGCCGAAUAAGCGUCUUUUGGCUCAUAAAUGGCAAAUGGAACAG